UUUCAGGCUACCAUUUAAAAAACCGAAAAACUGAUCCGUUCCCAUUGCCAUAGAUGGGCACCAAUUUCAAUAAUGGACGCCUGGGAUGGAUGUCCAUAGAAAAUACGAUAUUGUAAAAUAUCCGACUGGUGCGACGAUGUUGAACAUAGUAGAAAACGAACAUCAACAAACCAACGGUGGUGUCGUGACCAACGGCGGGACAGUUACCGCGACCACGUUAACAGGUCUGAACGGCAGCACGGCGAUGAUAGCCAGAGAGUGCGCCAAUUGUGGCAAACGCAUCACCGAACGGUUCCUGCUGAAGGCGUUGGACCUGUUCUGGCACGAGGACUGUCUCAAGUGCGGCUGCUGCGAUUGUCGCUUGGGCGAAGUUGGAUCCACGUUGUACACCAAGGCCAACCUUAUACUUUGUAAAAGAGACUAUCUCAGGUUAUUCGGUGCGACCGGCAAUUGCGCGGCGUGCAACAAGGUAAUACCGGCGUUCGAGAUGGUGAUGAGGGCCAAAAACAACGUCUACCACUUAGAGUGUUUCGCGUGUCAGCAGUGUAAUCAUAGGUUUUGCGUGGGCGACCGUUUCUACCUGUGCGAGAACAAGAUCCUGUGCGAGUACGACUACGAGGAACGGCUGGUGUUCGCCAACAUGGCCACGUACAAUUCGUCCAGUCUGGCGCACAUAAGAAGGCAAGUCAGUAGAUUACAGCCAGCGGCAAACGAGCACGCCCACGCAACAGCAGCAGCAACAGGAGACUUUGUAGGACCGACCGACGAGGUGGACCGGUGCAGAGCCACCUCUGUCGAACAGCACCACCAGCAGCAGCAGCAGCAGCAGCAGCAGCAGCAACGUCAAUCACUCGACACCACUGCCGUCGCAAUCGGUUACGGCGGUACAACACCAGCAGCCGGACACCAGUUGCAGCACCACCACCACCAUCAGCACCACCAGUUCCUGUCUGCAACCGGUGCUACGGUGCUGUCUGCGCAUCAACCGACGGCCGUCGCACUCAGAGGAGGAGGAGGAGGAGGAGUUGGAGGAGUUGGACGUGCUAACGCGUCGGGCGGCGGAGGCGGACCGGCAAUGGUCGUCGACGACGGGUCGAGCGGUUACGGCAGUCCGGACUCGGAGACGGGGCUCGAACCGCACGCGGCCGCAAUCGGCACGAUCGCGUCCACCGGCCCUGCUGCAACGGCCGCUGCCGCCACCACCGCCGCCACCGCCGCCGCCGCCGCACCGCCAGUACAAUAACGCCAUCGCGCCGCUGUUGCGCCACUGAACCAGCGUCGCCGUAGUCGUGGUCGUCCGCGGUCCGCGCCGUUCGUCUGGUACGCGCCGCGACCGCGUUGACAACCGCGUUUUACAGUCAACCUGUCAAACAGAUCCUUAAGUUGUUUUUUUUUUUUUUAUCUGUUUCGUUUUGUUUUUCUCGGUGACUUUUGUUUCAGUGUCUUGUACCCGCCACCGUCGUCGCGUAACCGAUAUAAUACACGUCGUUGAUCAAUAUCAAUAUACAGGUUAUUAUCAUUAUAAUUGAUCAUGAUAUUAUAUCUCCGUACGCCCUGUAUCGUUCUAGUCUCAAACGAUGCCAAAUCGCGCGCACCCACACGUCGUGACACCGUGUUCCGACAAGCGUAUAAAAUAUUGUAUCCUGCGGAUGUUAAUCAUUUAUCGUUUCGUUUUGUUUGAUUGUUUUUAUUAUUAUUAUUUUUUUUUUUCUCUCCCCCCCCCCCCCCCGUCACAUUACCAUCACCCACUUUCGAUUGUCGCGCGCUUAUCGCGCGUUUCGUCAAACGGAGUCACAAGUCCGGUCCUCGCGCAAGCCCCCACCGCGAACCACCGUAACGGGGGUAGAACGGUUCACCGGCUCCGGCCAUCAUCACUACUACGUAUAUCGCAUAUCUAAAGGGGCGGGUUUACGCGAGACGUGAGCCGCGAUCGUAUUUCACGGUCUUGUGAGUUGUGACUCACGAGCGUGGUUUCACGUCGCACGAAUCGUGAGAAGGUGUUUUACACGUAAACGCGAUUAUCGUUCGGUAUGAUGGAAUCGUUAAGGUACGUACAGACCGAGCUACAUUUUGUUAGCAACAUGUUGCCAACAGUGUUGUCAACAUGUAUCUCAGCAACUGGUUAAAAGUUGACGGAUACACGUCAAUGUUGGGCGGCAUGACAUCAAAGAAAUGUGUUGCUUGUAUCUGAGUUUUCCAAUCGAAAUGGAAAACAUCGCUCAGUAUGGACGAUGUUGUCUACAAGUACUUAAUACAUUGAUUUGUACACACGUUCACAUAUCAUUUAGUUAGUUUAGUUGUACUUUUUAAUUUUUCGCAUUAUUAUUCGCGAUCUUAGGAGCUACCAAACGGAGAAGUUCUUCAAAAUCAGAUUUAGUUAGUCUAACGAAAUUUCGGAAUGAACUGCCGUCGUUUAAAAGUAAUUCAGACAUUAAGUUGUCACCAUAGCUUAUACCAUUUUUUAAAAAUUUUCUCUGCCACCAUUUUCUUUUUCUUACUUUACCAUGUGUAGCUAUGAUGAUGAAUGCAGCACCAGCAGCAACAGUUUUCAGAUCCAUUUGAUAUUUGUUUAAAAUAAAGUAUUUAUUUUUUAAAUGUUUAUAUAUUUUAACUUUCACUUAAACUUUUUAACGCUUUAAACUACAACUACAACAGACGGAUGUGGACUGUUGACACGCAACUAUCAUUUGGUUUGAACGCGGCACACUGUUGACAACAUGUAUCUGAAUCCGACAAAUUUGUUGCCAACAUUCGGCAACGUGUUGCCAACAAAAUGUUGCUUGGUCUGUACGUACACCUUUAGUGGCGGAAGCAUUCUAUUGUACACCACGACUGAAAUAUCCAACACGGUUUGAUAUUGUACGAACCGGUCGUGAGGGGUUCGUGAACGACAAUUCCGCUAUCGUGAAAUACGAAUUGAUUGUUUACGCAAACCGUCGGUCACACUUUCGCGGUUCACGUCUGGUGCGAACCCGCCUUAAGAGAACCGCGUUCGUGCGGACCGAAUACGGAACAUUCGAAUCAUUACACAUCGUUAUGGACACCUCUUACGUACAUCGCGUACCGUGUGCAGCAUUGAUUAUGUUCACCGAUAGUAGAACGCCGUUCGCUAAUUUUUUUUUUUCGUUUCCUUUGUUUUUCCGUACCCGUUACUCUCCGUUUACAGAUUACGUUGCGCCCCGGAUGAAUAUACGUUCCCUCGAAUACAAUAUCUUAAACCUGUAUACCUUGUGCAUAUUAAUCGCGAACAGCACAUCUACGCGCGAACACGACGCGUUGACCGAAACGUUCAAUCGCACGGUAAAACGUGUACAUUAUCUUAACAAUACGAAUACGAAAGAAAGCCGUAUACAUUUUCUGAUGCUCAAAUUUUAAUAAUGCGCGCGCACACGUUAUUAUUAUUAUUAUUAUUAUUAUUAUUACUUUUAUUAUAUUAUCAUUAUUUUUAUUAUUAUUAUUAUUAUUUUUUUUUUUGUUUUAAUGCGCAUACUUGCAUUGUAUUUGAGGGAUUAUUGUUAAUGUAAACUAUUAUUAUUAUUAUUAUUUAUUUAUUUAUUUAUUAUGAAUAGGGUCUUGUACUCGCGACCCGUUGAUGUUUUUUUCUAAAUUAUAUGAAAUAAGCGUUUACCAUUUCCUAAACGGAUAAUGGCGGCGGAACGCCUCCAAUAUCCAUAUUCCCACUAUUUACGAUUCGUGUACAGUACCGUAUUAGGUAGAAUAUAUACAUAUUAUUAUAUGUAAAUAUUACUAUUUUUGUGUAUAAACGUUUUAUCUAGUUUGUUUUUUUUUU